AUGGACAAUAGCUUGUUUAAUUCUUCAUUAAGAUUAUCCACUUUUGGCCGUUUAACUUUUUUAAACCCUAAGAAAGUACUACUGACAAUGAAACAUCGUGAUAAAAAUCCAGUAUACGGCUUAAACACUAGUCCUCGAUUUGGUCAAGCGUCAUGCUCCCAACCAUUUCAUACAAAUACAAGAUCUGACUGUUACUAUUGUAAUCGCUUUGGAAAAUUAGCACGCAAAUGCGGUCACAAUGAUGCUUUCUUGUCCAAAAGGUCAGCUGCAAACAGAUUUGGAGCACAUUGUAUUCGGAAUGAAAAUAUAGUUCGAAGAACAAACCCGAAUAGGGCUGUUCCAUCUGCUCCUCCUCCUUCAUCAAUUUUUCCUGUACCGAAUGUACCUCCAACCCCCCCUCCUUCUUAUCAGGAAAGUAUAGAAUAUACUUUACCGCCACAAUAUGAAGAACGGCUACCAGAAGUGAUUGUGACACAACCACCUGCAACUGUAUUCAAGUGGAAUCCGGUGGGUAUGACUUGUCCUUAUUGUCAUCGCAACAUUGUUACUAAAGUCAGAUCGGAAUCAGGAUUGUUAGCAUGGUUACUGUGUGGGUUAAUGUUUUUAACCGGGUUAUGGCUUUUCUGCCUUAUACCAUUCUAUCUGAAAUCGACACAAGAUGUUAUACAUAUAUGUCCAUUAUGUAAAUCACAAUUAGGCUUCUAUAAACCAUUGUGA